CUGGGACAAUGAAGAAAGGGAGAAAAUGUAACCACCUUUACUAAUUAGGCAUUAAGUCAUCUACACAAGCUUAUGUCAACCAAUAAAAAUCAAGACAUUUUUCAAAGUCCUUGUCAAUGAAGAAGGAACAUAAUCUGCAAUCUUUUUCUACUGUUAAUGUAAAACUAAUCAAGUUAUUAGUGAUGGGAUGAAACCAAAAAAUAACCCCUCACGUGUGAACUUAUAGAAGAUCCCCUUUACGAUCAAAUAAAUUCAUUGAAUUGAGUAUGAUUGUAUGUGUGUUAGCAUCUCGGGCUACUAAAUGAAUUUUUACUGAUCAUCUGCUCUUGCUCCUCAUGUUUUGGAUAUUAUACAGAAGGUAGAGGCAGUGCCUAACAUCCCACCUGGAAGCUGAUUCGACCAAGGAAAUAAAAAAGAACUUAAUUACUAUAAUUCAAAAAAACUAAACUAACAUCACAAGAACUAUGGUUGAUAACUCCAAAGUCAAUCCCUGCUUUCCUUCUCUGAGUCAUUUUGGUGUUGCUUUCAUCUAAAGCUUCCAUUCGUUUUGAUCAACAUGUCAUUUUCUCUUUCAUGUACUCAUUUCUUAGAUAUUAUAAUUUAUAUUCCUAACAUCCACCUGGAAGCUGAUUUGAUCAAGAUAACUUAUUGACAACAAUAAAAAAUAACAAUAGUCUGUUGAAUAGCAGUUCAAAAUGUCACUAUUAAGUGCUUCAAAAAUAACAGCUGGUGGGACAUGCUCGACUUUCCUUCUCCGCGUCAUUUUGGUGUUGUUUCCAUCUAAGAGCUUCUGUUCGUCUCAAUCAAUUAUACAAUUAAUUAAUACUGAAGAUUUAAUAUUGAUUUUGUUGUGGAAAGUUAGUGCUACGUGUUAUUUUAUUGAUUCCUUCCUGUGUUGGUAUGAAUGUGAUCUUCAGAGAAUAAGUCCUAGAUCAAUUCAUGCAUUUCUUUAUUCAAUCAAUCGACAUCUCGCCAGAUGGGCUUUACUUAAUCAAGUCAAAUUCAAAACCCCAACUGUUUAAGUAGCAGUAUAGUAUAUAAACACUUGCACAGCUUUGAACUUUGUGAUCACUAUAUUCACUAAGUCGUCGACUUCUUCUUCUUCUUCUUCUUUGCACCCAAAUAUGGAUCUCGGGGAGUCAAUCAACUACCAGACAGACGUUUCUUUCAUGCUUGCUAAGCACGUUCUCUCCAAAGAGGUUAAAGGCGAUACCAACCUGGUGCUCUCUCCUCUCUCAAUUCAAAUAGUCCUUGGCCUUAUUGCUGCUGGAACUAAAGGACCAACUCAGGAUCAGCUGCUUUGUUUCCUCAAGUCCAAGUCCAUUGAUGAACUCAACUCUCUUUAUUCACAUAUUAUCAAUGUCGUUUUUAUUGAUGGCAGCCCGAUCGGAGGUCUGCGUUUAUCUGUUGCUAAUGGUGUUUGGAUCGAUCAGACACUGCCUUUCAGGCCUUCUUUCAAACAGGUCGCAGAUAAUGUUUACAAGGCUGCUUCGGAGUCUGUUGAUUUCAAAAACAAGCCUGCUGAGGUUGCAAAUCAAGUUAAUCAGUGGGCUAAAAUGAAGACAAAUGAUCUCAUCAAAGAGAUUCUUCCUCGUGACGGAGUGAACAACAUGACAAGGCUGAUCUUGGCCAAUGCACUAUAUUUUAAAGGAGUAUGGGAUGAGAAGUUCAAUGCUUCAGAAACGAAAGACCACGAAUUCCAUCUCCUCAGUGGAGGGUCUGUUCGAGCAUCGCUCAUGACUAGCAACAAGAAGCAAUAUGUAGCAGCAUUUGAUGACUUUAAAGUGUUGAAGCUUCCUUAUCAACAGGGCACGGACCCGCGCCAUUUCUCCAUGUAUUUAAUCCUUCCAGAUGCACAUGAUGGAUUACCUGCUUUAGUGGACAAAAUUAGUUUAGAAACGGGAUUUUUAAAUCACCAUGUUCCAUAUGAAAAAGUUAAAGUACGCAAGUUUCUCAUCCCCAAAUUCAAAAUAACUUUUGGGUUUGAAGCUUCUAAUGUUCUAAGGGGGCUUGGCCUCACAUUGCCUUUCGCUCCAGGUGGUCUCACUGAGAUGGUGGAUUCCCAUUUAUCUAAGGAUCUGUUUGUUUCAGAGGUUUUUCACAAGUCCUUUAUUGAGGUAAAUGAGGAAGGAACCGAAGCUGCAGCUGUUACUGCUAGUAGGGUAAUGCUGUGCUGCUUGAGAAUUGAGAAGGAAAUAGACUUUGUGGCAGACCAUCCAUUCUUGUUCCUCAUAAGAGACGAAUCUACUGGUGCGGUGUUGUUCAUAGGGAGCUUGUUGAAUCCUCAAACUGAUUAGGCCACAGGAGCAACAAAGAAUGAACUUGGAAAGAACGAACGCAAUGUGAAUAUCUGAAUUCACAGUAAGGUUUUCUAUUACCGAUUAGGACAAAAUUGAGUGGUGUUAUGUAUCUAAAUAACCAGUUUGCUGAUAUGGCUGUGACUAUGUUCUAUGUACUCUAAUGAUAAAGACCUUGUUACUUAA